ACGGCCCGGGUUAGGGACUAGGGGGCACAGAAAACAGCCUGGCCGAGGAACAGGGCUCAGGCAGCAGGCGGGAGCAGGGACAGCCGGAUCAGUGAGCAGGUGGGGAUGGGAACAGCCUGGUUUGGGAAUGGGGGUCGGAAUAGGAACGGGCAGAGGCGGGACCGGGCCCAGCCGAGUUCGGGAGCAGUGGGAUAGGGAACAGCCUGCACUGGGAGCGGGCGGGAUAAGGGACAGCCGGGUUAGGAAGGAGGUGGGAAUAGGGAACAUCCGGGUUAGGGAGCGGGCAGGGUAGGUAACAGGUGGGACAGGGGUGAGCCGAGUGAGGGAGCAGGCGGGGCCGGGAGCAAGCAGGACAAUGAACAGCCAGGUUAGGGAGCAGGUGGGAAAAGGGAACAGCCGGGUUAGGGAGCAGAUGGGAAUAGGAACAGGAUGCCGGCACUGUGCCGGCCUGCAGGUCCCCACAGGAAGGGGCCUGGGAUAGGUCUCUUUCCAAUACCUGCACAUCCAGUUGUCCGAAUUCCCUCUGCACCCUGUUUCAGGUAUUUGAGCAACAUCUCCAGGCUUUGAGGCCGGGAGCAUGUGCAGUAACCCGAACCCUUAUUUAAACACGCUGUUAAAUUACUGGGCCUGGGAAGGUUGUAACCAAACGUUUUGCACAUUUCCCAUCAAAGUGACAUCAGCUCUGCUGACCUGGCACAUUUGUGACACCAUUAGUGGCUUCUGCUUUGCCCCCUGGCAAGAAGCAAUCAAGUUGCAUUUCAAGGAUUUAUCCUUGGAAUUUGCAAACAGCUUAAAAAACCCAACCAAACAAUCCACCAAGGAUGUGUGGAGGUUUCCUUAACAGCUCUGGCUGCAGCCAGACUCGUUGGAUGCUCCAAGCCCUUUCCAACCUGGCCUUCCAGGGAUCCAGGGGCAGCCACAGCUUCCCUGGCCAGCCUGUGCCAGGGCCUCACCUCAGUAGCUGGAGCUAGUUUUUGGGGGAAGAGCCAAAGCUUUGGGCAGCACUAACUCAGGGAAAGGCAAAAAGUGAGAAGGAGCAGGCUGGCUUUUCCUGAAGGGGCAUCAGGCUCUGGAAUGGCGGCGCACGGACCUGGUGUUUGCCAGGAUUCCGUGUCCCCCUUGGACAAUGGCCCACAGACACAGUGAUCCCCACAAUCCAACAUUCCCGGAGCAUGGUGGCCCACGGAUAACCUUCCCAGGAUUCAGUGUCACCUGCAUAUAGGAUGGUGGUCUAUGCUCACGGUGUUUCCCAGGAUUUGGUGGCCCCUUAGGGAUUUGGUGGCCCCUGGGAAGAGCGGCUUGUGGACACGGUGUUUCCUAGGAUUUGGCCUCCUCUGUGGCUGGUGGCCCUUGGGCACAGCGUUUCCUAGGACUUAGUGUCCCCUUGUGAGGGUAGCCCUCGGGGCCCAGUGUUCCCAGGAUCAGGGUGUCUCCGGGGGCACAGCGCUUCCCAGGAUUCGGCGUUCCCGGGCGUGGCGGGCACCCAAGGGCGUGGCCGGGGCGUGGCCGGUGCCGGUGCCCCGGAGCCCCGCCCCGGGCGCGGUGCCGCCGUUGCCGCCGCCGCGGUGGGCGCUGCCGGUGCUGUCGGGGAUGUACGCCGGCAGGAAGAGGAGGAAGCCGGUGCCCAAGAGCCCCAAAGCACCCCCUCCCGAGGGUGUGAAGUCCACCCCCUCCAAGCGGCACCGGGAGCGGCUGAACAAGGAGCUGAACAAGCUGACGAGGCUGCUGCCCUUCCCUGAGGAUGUGCGCUCCAGGCUGGAUAAACUCUCCAUCCUCCGCCUGGCCGUGGGCUACCUGAAGAUGAAGAGCUACCUGAGGGCUACAGCUCCAAACAUUGGUAACUGCGUGGAUCAGCCCAGACCCCCAGGAGGGGACAGAUGGACAGAGCCACAGGAUGACAGGGAGCUGUUUCCUGAGGGAGAGCUGCUGCUCCAGGCACUCAAUGGAUUUGUCAUCGCUGUAACUGGAGACGGCUACAUCUUCUACAUCUCCCCUACCGUGCAGGACUACCUGGGCUUCCACCAGUCGGAUCUCAUCUACCAGAGCGUGUACGAGCUGAUCCAUGCGGACGACAGGGCCGCCUUCUGCCGCCAGCUGCACAGGACCCCGGUGCAUGCUGCUGACACUUUUCCCCCUGAGCAGCCGCUGCUUGCCAGCUGCAGUGCCGCACCCAGAUCCCAGCGCCUCCAUGCUGAGAAGCAAUCCUUUGUGGAGAGGAGCUUCACCUGCCGCUUCCGCUGCCUGCUGGAUAACUCCUCAGGAUUCCUGGCCUUGAAUUUCCAUGGGCGCCUGAAGUUCCUUCUUGGGCAGCAGAAGUCAGCCGCAGACAAGUCCCCAGUUGCUCUCUUUGCCAUUGCCACACUCCUCCAGCCUCUCUCCAUCCUGGAGCUCCGGAGCAAAACGCUGAUCUUCCAGACAAAGCACAAGCUGGACUUCACUCCCAUGGCCUGUGACUCCCGGGGGAAGGUUGUCCUGGGAUACACAGAGGUGGAGCUGUGCAGGAGGGGGUCCGGAUACCAGUUUGUUCAUGCAGCUGACAUGAUGCACUGCGCAGAGCACCAUGUGAGAAUGAUGAAGACGGGGGAGAGUGGGCUGACGGUGUUCCGGCUGCUGACCAAGAGGGGCAGCUGGCUGUGGGUGCAGGCCAACGCACGGCUGGUGUACAAAGGGGACAAGCCCGACUGCAUCAUUGCCCGCCAGCGAGCUCUGUCGAAUGAAGAAGGGGAAGAACAUCUCCAGAAGAGAAACCUGCAGCUGCCUUUCAGCUUUGCCACGGGGGAAGCAGUCUUGUAUGGGAAUGACCUUCCUGGGUUCUUGGACUCGUUCCAAGCCAAGGAGUCGCAAGUGCAAGCAAACUCCAACUCAGAGCAGCGCUUGGUAGACCCCAACUCUCUCCUUGGGGCCAUGAUGAAGCAGGAUACAUCCAUAUACAGUUCCCACGUGGAUAACGUGCCUCAGUUCUCCCUGCCAGGUUUCAUCCCUGAGCCUGAUGGGCUGACCCGGAAUGAGGACGUCAGGAGUGCAAAGGAAGAGAGUGACUCCCUCCUGGUCGUCUUUGAAACCCUCUUUGAGAAGAGUGAGGUGGAUGGAAACGUCUGCCAGAGCCUAAACGCGGGCAGCAUGGAGCUGCAGCAGUGGGAGGAGGCUCUGCUCAGCCUGGGGGUAGAGGAGGAGCCACCAGCUCAGGGGCUUGGCCAGAGGCCAGGCACCAAGGUGACAUCCUCUGUGGAGCAGAUGCUCCUCAGGGAGGAUGCUGGAAAGAGCCUGGACUUCCCACACUGCCAUGAGGAAAACAGUGCUGUGGCUCACUUCCAGCACUGCUGGGCAGCUGAUUCAGCAUUCCCAGCACAGCCCCAGGCAGCGGGCACAUGGGGAGGCCACGGGGCUGUGGGCUCUGUGGGCUCCGUUCCCUCUGAAGGCAGCUUUCCCCAGCCAGAGCAGCAGGUCCCAUUUCACCCAGCCAGGCCGGUGGCAGGGACUGUGCUGGGUGUUCCCAUCUCCAGCAGCAAAUCCUCUGCAGCACUUCAGCUGGCAAACCAGGCAUUUCAGGCAGAAGCCACCCUCUCUGCUCCUGUAGAUAACACUCUUCCUGCUGCUCAGAGCCAGCCUGGGUGUCAGUUGGUGGACUCACCCCCAGUGCACUCAAACACGUUGGGGACUCUGUGGCACAAUGUCCCCCUCCAGGCAAACCCAGCCAGUUGCCCAUCGAAGGCUUUGCUGGCCAUAGCUCCAAAACAGCUGGAAGCUGCAGGAGCAUACAUGGAGUCCCAGGCUCUGCCAGGUGGCAGUCCUGAGACCCCCCCAGGGGCUGGGCUGUGGUUGCCACCCCCCUCCCAGUCUUUUCCUUGCCCUGCCCAGGGCUUGCAUGAGUCCCUGUUCUCUGGGGAUGGGAAGCUCUGUGAUGUGGAGGUUGCUCUCCCUGCACCCUUAGGAGCCAGGCAGCUGCCAGGGCAUGGCGGCUUCCCCAAACAGCCCCUGGUAGCCCAUGCAGAGCCCAGCUUUUCCUGGGAGGGGGAGCAGGCAGUGCUCCCAGAGGACAAGUGGUUCUCACAGCUGUGGCUCCCGCAGACUGGGGCAGUUCCUCAGAGGAGCCAUGGGGCAGGGCCAGUGCACCACAGUGGGCUCCAGCUGGGCUCCAGCACGGAUCCCAGUGCCCACCAGAUGGACUGCUUUGUGCUGUCCAAUUGCCAGUAUGGAAACAGCCUUUUUAGGCAUGAGAGCACCUUCCUGAGGGAUGCUGAAAACGCCCCUUCCCCAGCAGCCAGGCGCUUUGUCUUGCCCCGCCGAGAACCGCCCUGGAGCACCCUGCUCCUCACCAGCCUCAGUUCCAAGGUGCUCAGCAGCUCUCCCUGUGAAGGUGGGUGCAGGAGCACCCUCAUGCUCUGGGCAGGGCUCUGGCUGCCCAUCGGUUCCCUUCUCAGCUGGGCAGCCCCUCUGUGCCUGUGAGAUCCAGCUCAAGGUGAGGUGUGAGGGCUGCAGGACCUGAGGGUGUGUGGCUCCUGUGGAGGGAGCAAGGGGUCUGCCAGGGGUGCCGCCACACCAUCCUUUGUCGGCAGCCUGCUUUGGAGCUCACUGUGAACCAGGAGCCCUGUCUUGGAAAGCCACCAGCAGCUGUGAGCUCUUCUCAUACCUGCCAGUGGUGCCCUGUGCUACCUGGUAUCUCAGGAUUUUGUGUUCCAAUGCUGUCAGGCAGAUUGAGUGGUUUGGACUUUUUGUUCCAUGAGAAGUCUUUCAGGGAGAUGCAGCUGUGCCAUGGGGGAGGCCUGUGGGCUCCUGGGGCCCAAGGAAAGACAUUGCUUGCUGGCACAUCCAUGUGCUUGGGGCAGCCUCUUGCAGAUGGAGGUGCUGCCUCACAGGCAGGUAGCACUGAACUGCUGUUUCUCAACAAAACAGCGUGGUCUCCUCAUCUCCUGGGCUAGACCAUCCUUGCAUUGCUGCUGUUUAGUCCCCUGCAUCAUCUCUGCCAGCCUGAGCCUCUUUUCCUCCUGUGCUCUCCAUCUCCUCCAAAGACCAUCCAAAUCCUUUGGUAAAGAUGUUACCAACUACUUCAAGAAGCUCAGCAGCAUUGAAGGGUCUCAGUGGGAGGUGGAGUUGAUGGGAAUGGAGGCAUCUUGAGGAUUUGGGCUCUCCAGCAGCCUCCCUGGGGAAUUUGGGAGAGGUGGAUACCAGGCCAUUGUAACCUUUCUGGGAUGCAGGGUGGGGAAGGUCCAGACAAGCUCCCCUUUGGUUUGUCACUGGCUUGUCCUUGUCAUCCUCUUCUAUACUCCACAGUGCUGUGGGACAGAGAAGGGUGGGGGUUCCCCCUGUGGUUUUGCCAAAGCAGUGAGAAGGAAAGGCAGGGAGAGAUGCAGUGACCACUGGCUGCCUCUCUACUCCAGACCCACCUGGUGCCCCUCAAACCAUUUUUCUGCAGCCCAGAACAACCACUUUGAUGAAUUCUCUUCCUUUUCUACAUAGGUAACCUAAGAUGUGAAUUAAUUGUUUUUUCCCCACCGUGAGUGCAAAGUCUUGGGAUCCAUCAGGGAAACCCACAAAAAAAGCAAUGAUUGGGGAGGGUGGGGAUGAUUUGAGACCACAAUGACUUGCAACAUUGGGUCAGAGAGAUCAGAGUGCUCGGGGACAUUCAUACCUUCCCCUCACGCACCCAUCACCCUGAGCAUCCCAUCUGCCUCGCCAGUGUUAAGCAUUUACGAUCAAUUUAAAUCAGGUAAUUAGCGCAGGGCCAGCAGCAGCCCUCUCCAGCAGCCCACAUAUCCUGGUGGAAAGUAGCCUCAUCUCCCUGGGUCUCUUCCUUCAUGCCCAGCUUUGCCUCCGUUCAUGGGGCCUGGGAAAGGUCAAGCUCCUCUUUGCAGGCUGGGAGCAGAGCAAUGCUGAAACGUGCUGGACCACUCUGAGGUGGCUUCAAGGAGCACCUUUGCCAGGCAAGGGGUUUACUGGCCAUGAUCCAGAUCCAAAAAGCAGCAGGAUGGACUCUACUCACCAGCCUCUGUUGCUCUGGCACCUGUGAGAUGGUGCUGGGGGCAUACCAGGGGCUCCCAGUGCUGCAAGAGAUGGGCCUUGGGGUGGGGGCACUCCUGCUUAGGGCCAUGACAGACCCCGCCCUGUGCUCUGUCACUGGUGUCUGAUCUCUCUGUACCUCAUGGCUGUACAGACAAAGUCUGUUCUGGUGGCAGCAUCUCAUUUUCUGCUCUGUGAUUUCCUCGUGCUGCUGGUGGCAGCCAGAAGGUGCCGAGGAGAAAAGAGCUGUCCAGAGCCUCACCCCUGUGUUUGGAUUAAAGGGCAAUUUGCUUUGUGCUGAUGUUUGUUUUGACCCAAAACUCUGAGAAACAACUGCUCACUUUGAAAACUUAAAAAGGUUUAUUAAACGUUGACAAAAAUACAACAAA